CCGCAAGAACACGGAGCAGCGAGGACUUGCCUGCAUUUUGAAGACCGAUCAUGGUGACAUCCAUCUCCGUUGCCCUACAUGUUGCGAGUGCUCGUGCUUAGCGACUCGUUCUGCGGGGACGGGCCGGGAAGGCUAUUUGCGGGAACGACGACGACAAAUGAUUACUCGAUGGGAACAACGGCCCACUUACCAGAACAUCCUCAAGAGCCAGUCAUAGAUCGUUCGAAAGAUUCCAGCCAUGUUGACGUUGUGCAAUGGGGCGAAAAUAGAAAAGAGGUCGAGUUGGACAAUGCUUGGAAUCGGCCUUGUGGGAUGGAGGGUUGUGGGCGAAUAUAUCGAAACUCAACGAUAAGAGGAGUUUUGUAAAGGCAAGUGGGGUGGUGGUGGGCUGUUGAAGGGGGGAGAUGACCACUUCUCCUCCCAAUAAUAAUCAGGGUAAUAAUAUGGGCAAAAAGUAAUGUGCGUAGUCAAGGCAGGCAGAAGAGAUGAGAAAUAGGGUCGGGGAUAGGACUGCGUUUGGGAAUCAGGACGACCGGGAGAAAGAGAAGGACAGGAAAGAGAAGCAGGAUGCUGAAACCAGACUCGUGCAGCACGAAAGAAUAACCAGGAAAAAAAGCUCCGCGCUAUUCAGACCCGUUCGUUUCUUGCUUUCCUUUCUUUUUCCGCUGCUAGAAAGAGAAGACCGAGCGGCGAUAUUUUCCUUCUUCUGGAGCUUCUUCCUUUGCGGUGAAACUGCGCUGCUUGGGGAUCUUACUAUGGGCACGCAUGACCGUUCUUUUGCGCCGCUUGGGAGGGGAGCGCUUAGGCUCUUCCGGGGCUGGCGCCGUCUGUCAGUUCAAUAGUCGCAAAUGAUCAGCCCGUAGUCAUGGUUUUGCUCGGGAUUUAUGAUGACAUCGAGGAUGACUGGCAUCAAUUAAUAAUGGUAUCCGCUAUCUGAUAAUUCUUCCUUGCCUGGCCCUGGUUUGUUUCUGGGGGAAAA